AUGGCGCCAAUCCUUAGAGGUAUGGCAAGUUGGCCACUUGGAGCCUGCACAUCUCCAGCAUUGAAGGCUUAUCAGGUUCGGGUGGUGGGUGCAGAUUCCUCUCCCAAUGGCACCGGGUCCCCCUGUUCGCCCGGAAGCCGGGCCAUGAGUGAGGAUCCCUCCUCAGCAGAUGACAUCAGCCGUACUCCUUCUCCGGAUCCAACUGCGCGAGGCAUCAGCGUGGCCAAGCAGCAACUGGGUGAAUUGCUGGAGAUUUGGAAGUCGACGCGUGGCUCUAACGAGCCCAUCCAAGCGAAUGAAACGCAGUGCAUUGAAAAGAUCUUUUUCGAGACCAUGCCUGCAGAGAGGGUGAAAAUUGUUGAGAUGAAACGGGUGCUGCAACCGAGCCUACUCCGUCGAUUUGUGGCAGAGGAACAGGAAUCCAUUGCGAAGCAGAAGACUGAGCGAAAGACAUUCAAGCAGUUCAUGCUGAUGCAUGGAACACGCUGGGACCGCGGAACCGGAACGGCCGGGGACUAUGCGCCACUGAUCUUGGAGAACGGCUUGGACCCUGGCUGCGGGCACUUGACCAAGGGAACUUGGCUGGGAGGCAUAGCCGAGAAGGCACACUCCUAUGCGGCCAAGGGACCAGGACCUGAGGCGAAUCAAGAUGGCGAUCGCUUGUUCGCUUUGUUUAUCGUGGCGGCUGUGCCAGAUUUGAUGGACGGCGAUGACGAGCGCUCCUUCGGUGUUUGGCGCAUGCAAUCGGGGAAGCGGAUGUACACCGCGUACCAUGUGGUCUACAGUGCCCCCAUGGACAUCCGUCGCAAGCGACCCGUGAUGGAGGUGCGGAAGAAUAAGGCCACGAUGCUCAGGAAGCAGAGCCUUGACGGUAUCGAGAACAUCCAAGCUCCGCCGUCUCCAGCGGGCAGCAAGUCACCUCGAACACGAAGUGCCAGCCCCCCGCGGGGCCGCGACGACCGAUUGCCGAUCACGCUUGGAAAUCAGAGUAAUCUCAGCCCUGAUGUGGCCACCAGCAGCUGGCCCUUGUGCCCUCGUCCUGUGGAUGCACGGGUGGCGGCCACCUCACCUGCGCUGAAGGUCUUCCAGCCCCCACGUGCUGCCACCGCAGAAUCCAGCUCGAACUCACCGGUGAAACGCAGGAGUUCGGCGGAUGUGACGACCUUCGGGGAUCGCCUGUCUCCGAUGAUGGGUCAAACUUCUCCCAGCCUGAAGGUGAAGACCAGCGAGGCGCCUCCCCGGCCCAAGCUGCUGAAGGACACCGGCAAGGAGGCGAAGGCAGCGGCGGCGGAGGCCAAGGCUGCGGCGGAGGAGAAGGCCAUGGAGUUGAUAAAGGAAAAGGAGAAGGACCGUGGCUCGUUUGCUGCUGCAGACAGCUGGGAAGUUCAGCUGGAUCAAGGAUGGGUCGCUUUCCGGCCGGGAAGCAAGUUCCGUGACGAUCCAGGUUCUUCUCAGCGCAUUUGUCAUGGAAAGUUCUGGUAUACCUUGGCUUUUGAUGACAAUGGCACCACUGGAAAGCAGAUCAACCAUUGCACGGGCAAGACGCGGCCCUUGCGCCGCGUGGCCGGCUUUGCCGUGCCCGCAGCAGCACCUGCAGCUGCACCUGCAGCUGCACCUGCUGCGAGUGCCCCGUUCAACGAGGCCGAGGCCGGCCAGGCCGGGGCGGGCCGCGUCACGAAACAUCCACCGCAAGCGGCCACAGCUGGGAAUGGCUUCCCAAACUUGCUGACAUCAGCCAACAUCUCAUUGGAACAGAUCGUGGAGAAUGCUGCCGUUACGCUCGAGGCAGACAAAGCCCUCAAGCGUUUUUCCGCGCAAAAGGCGCUAGCCAGUCUAUCCUUGAACAUCCUUGCUGGUGUCCACACAAGCAUGGACGCCCGUUCUAGUCUUUCAAUCAUGGAAGAGGCAUUGGAACUUUUGACAAUUUGUCUGGGGACCUGCAUUUCAAAGAUUGAUGACCACAUCAAAACUUCCCCGUCCACUGCUGUGUUUCAUUGUCGGUUACAUCGUAGUAUUUUUCAAGUUUCUGGACACAUCCUCAAAACUUCGGUAGAGACUCACAUCCAAACAGCUUUCUAA